ACAUGUGAAGCCGGCGAAUCAGGAAAAAGCUCUUGAGUUUCUCACCUGCAGCACGGUGUUGUCCUUGAAGCCGAAGCCCUCCUUCAGCAGACAGGUUGACUACAAUAUAAUUGUUCAAGCGGGAGCAACAGAGAGAGAGCGGAUGACAAAACAUGCAUUUGGCGCCAAGGGUACAGAAACUUCAGCGGAUGAAUGUUCUCAUGGGAGAAUGUAUUAUACUGUACGCUAUUGUGUACCAGAGUUAGGAGAGGAAUGCACGCACUGCCGAGUCCAAGGCACUGGGAAGGCAAUCAAAACCUCAGAGUGCUUUUAUCUCACCGUCUGGAAUCCCGCUAACUUUGUAGGUGGUUCCUCCGAAGCUCACAUCUUCACUGAACUUUUUCGGGAGGCACGAACUUCUGAAGACUUUCCAGUCUAGACCUUGAGAAAGCAAAACAGAAAAAGGAAAAAAGGUGUGCUUUUCCACCGUCCAGUGACUACAUGUAUGAAAGAGUGAGAGGUGAGAGAAGGUGCUAGAAACUCUACCAUCAGCUCCUAGUGCUCCAAGAGUUGCCAGUCGAGCUGCAUACAGUCCGUUUCCAAGAGACACUUGUAAGCACUUAGUGGUUUCUCAUCCCGCUCCUCGGCGGGACGGGUGGUGUCUGUGCCAAACUGUCUGAGGGCAGAGGCAGAAAAAAAACGACGUGCCUCACCUCCUUCAGAAGUGCGCUGGCCUUCUCCUCGGGAAGCAGACGCAGACCGGCGGUGGCCUUCAGCACCACGGGCGUCCUGCUCCACUCUUCCUCCGGGAUCGUCUUCUUGGCAAUCUUCAGCAGCUGGCGGAUAGUGUUGCCACCCUGCAGGAAAGAGGACAGAGAGAGAGAGAGAUUAACAAUAGAGCAGAAGUUAAUUUUUUAGUGAUUGAGCAGACAGGAGUUGGCAGGAGCUGUGUUUGUAAUUACGCCGUGUUUACAUCACAUGAACCCAACCCACCAAAGAACCCGGUGGUUUUGGUGUUUCACAAACAGUCAGCAACUCCCUCAUAUGACAAUGAAUUAUAAUAAUAAUAGUAAUAAUAAUAACAGUGUUGUAACAGACACUGUUUGUUACUGAAAAAUUGUUAAUUUUAGGUCCUAACACAUACCUCUUCAGGGUUAUCCUUAUACGCAGAGAGUCCGGGUUUCACCGCGUGGUACAUUUCAUUGUCCAGAACCGGCAGCUCAACUAAAAAACAAAAAAGAAAAAGAAAGAUAUACAGACGGAACAUAAAGCAAAUGAUUAUAAGGGAAUAUUACAAGGUAAGUACAGACUUUCAUUCUUUUAUUAUUCAUUGCAUUUAGACUUGGCAGCACAGUUUACCUGCACAUUUAAAAGUCUGCUUCUCCCAGCACAACUCAGUCAAAUUAAAUAUACACCCUGGGUUAACGUUUUUCUUCCAUGUCGGUACAUGUUGGUCCUUCCUUACACCACACAGUCACAUGCAAACCCUCCCACCUUUACUACCGUUAUGCCUUAAAUAAAACACUUUUUUUUUUACAUGCAUUUAUAUUCACUUUUAUGGAUUUGCACUUCUUUUUUUAUGUCUUUCAAAAAAUGUAAUUGUUCUGCAGGCAAGAAGGAGUUGAGACUCUGCAGCUGCAGCACGUGCACAAUUCCCUUCUCUUACUACUGGUUUAGAGAGAGAGAAGGAGGAGGAGGAGGAGGGAGGAGGAGGAAUGAUGCACUCACCAGGGUCUUUCUGGAUGAACUUAUAGAUGUGGAUCCUGGUGCCUGUGCUGCCUGCGUCAAACAUGACCCCGUAGAAAACCCGGCUCACGGGGGUGGAGGCUUCGGGCACCGACCGGUAAACCUCCACAGAGAGAUGACAGCCGUGUGAAGCAGGCAGGCACUGGCGAACUGACCCCCCGUCCCAGCCCACGACGCCGGGCGACCGAGGCUGAAACCGAGCUGUCGUGACGGCUCAGGCCAGAAGGGUUGGGACCUGGACUUGCGUUUUCUUUUAUACAGAACGCACCCUGUCCUCGUCCACUCACAAUCUCUACCCCUGUGUUUGACAAAACCCAAACCUCUAACGAGCGCUCGGUCGCCAAACGAGAGCAAGCCCUCCUAUGACUCUGGGUAACUUGCCCUUUCCCGUUGUGUUUCCGGGCCAGUCUGAUUGUCUGAUUGUUCCCACCUGCGUGUCGCUUUGUUGCCAGUUCGUCUCGUCAUGUGAACCAGCAUAACUCCCGUGCCUUUGUCUUGUUGAUGACGGUCGUGUGGACAAGAAAUGUGACCUUUCCUCGGCUGCACCGUCUCCAGGGCGAUAAGGCGACACAAACACAGAGAGCACAGGAGCCGGCUGUCGUCACCGUCUACACAGUGUAACUCAACUCAACUAAUUUCACCUGAGAUGCCAAAGAAAAAAGUUGGAAAAGUGAAGAGAGCUAAAGCAGGGAAAGGGAAAAAAGAUGGCAAGCAGGAGUCAAAAGUGGACAAGGAGUCGGACACGGAGAAGGCCAAGGCCACUGCUGCCCUGUGGGAGCUGAGGUCAAAGGUCACAGACCAGUCACUCUCGCAGUGCCAGGAAACCUGUGGUAAGUUGGCGCGAGUCAACGAGGAGCUCACCACGCAGCUGUACCGAGCCGAGAAGGAAACCAUCGACGUGUCGACGUUUCAGCAGAAACGGGACGCAGACAGAGAGCAGCAGAUCAGUUUGCUGCAGCAAAGCCUCAGAAGACAAAAGGCCCAGGCACGUGAGGAGCAAAACAAACUGGCUGAAGAUUACAUGCUUCAAAUCAACGAGAUGAAGGAGCUGUUCAGAAAGAAGUCCAGUGACUUCAACAUGAUCCAGAGUGGGAUGAGGAAAAUCGAGGAGUUUCAGAAGAAGAAAGCCCAAAUGGAGCAGGAGCUCAGUGACAUUAAAGAAAGAAUGGCUGCUGCUGACAAGGAGCACAGGGAGAACCUCAACAAAAUGGAGUACAGGUUCUUCAAAGAGAAGGCUCACUUGGAGAGGGAAGCUGAGCAAGCGAUAGCCAACGCGGUGGAGCGGGCUCACAAUGAAGCCAUCGUGCAGUUGGACGACGCCUCACACUCGGUGUUCAAGGAGAACGUCCGUCUCAAUGAAGCACUGAGGCAUCACACCAAGGAGGCGCAGAGCCUGCAGAAACGGACCGACUCUCUGGAGAAGCAAAAUGCCUCGCUGGCACUGGACAAGAACACGUUUGAGUUGACGGUGAAGAAGAACGCAGCUCAGAUGGCGGCCCGAAAGGAUGAGCUUUUCAAACUGAGGGCAAAGGUCGCCUCCCUGGAGCAGGCUCUGGACCAAAAGGCAAAGGAGAUCGAGCAGGAGGGGAAGAAGGAGAAGGAGACGACGAUGGUCCGAGUUCACGCCGGCCAGGUGGAGCUGGAGAAGCUUCAGAAGGUGCUCGACAUGCGCGAGAGAGAACUGGGACACAUCAAGCGGCUCGCGGGCACGAUUGUCGAGCAGCGCACGGAGCUGGAGCAGUUCUUCCACGAGUCGCUGGCUCAGGUGAGGCAGGAGAUCGCGGACAGCAGGCUGCGCUACAGAAAGGAGGCUCUGCAGGCUUAUCGCUGGAGGCUGAGAGAAGCCACAGCGGGGAAGCUCAAGUUCCCACCCAUCCGCACCUUUCAUCAAAGCCCCCACAGCAGCAACUCUGUCUAUUCAGACAUGGAGGCAGCGGCGUCGUGGACGCACCAACCAGGCAGCAAAGUUGAAAUCUCAGAUCUCACAUGGGAGCAAAAGGAACAAGUGCUCAGGCUUCUCUUUGCUAAGAUGAACGGGCAGAGGGAAAGGAAAGUUGGCCGACAUCUGGCUUUGUCUGCCUCCGACGAGAAGAGGACUAUGGACAGUGAUGCUGCUGCUGGAGAGGAGCUCUCCCCGGCGACUUUCAUCACCCAGGCGCCUCAAUAUGCUCUGCCCUCGAACCCGAGCAGCUUGCCGGAUAUACACACCACAUGACCUCUGUGCAGCCUCUACAUUGCACAUCACACUGUAUUGUUUUGCCUCGACUCUGUGCGAUUCCCACAGAGCGUCAAUCAUGUGCUGAUGUUUGUUUGUGCUUAUUAUAAAUCUCUUACCAUGCAUGUGUGUGUACAUAUAUAUAUAUAUAACUUGUGAGUUUUCUCUUUCACAAUUAAAGCUUGUUUCAAUUCUG